CGGAAGCGGCGGCCGGGCAGCCAUGUCGCCUUUGUCUGCGGCGCUGGCGGCCCUGCGGGUCUACGCGGCGGGCGCGGCGGUGGUGUUGGCGCAGCUGCUGCGGCGCUGCCUCGGGGGCUUCGCGGAGCCAGCAGGUGCGCAGGAAUGAGUGGAGGCCCCCCAGGCGGGCCGCGGCACAGAAGCCAUGGAGGCGAAGGGCCUGGACCCGUCCCAGACGGACCUCAAGUUAGUGGCCCACCCGCGCGCCAAAAGCAAAGUGUGGAAGUACUUCGGCUUUGACACGAACGCCGAGGGAUGCAUCCUGCAGUGGAAAAAGAUAUACUGUCGCAUCUGCAUGGCUCAGAUUGCCUACUCCGGGAACACCUCCAACCUGUCCUACCACCUGGAGAAGAACCACCCCGACGAGUUCUGCGAGUUCGUCAAGAGCAACACGGAGCAGAUGCGCGAGGCCUUCGCCACCGCCUUCUCCAAGCUGAAGCCCGAGGCCUCCCAGCUGGCCCCGCAGGACACGCUGGCCGCCAAGGCCGGCCACGGCCACGAGAGCAAGCGGCAGCAGGAGCUCACGGCCGCCGUGCUCGGCCUCAUCUGCGAGGGCCUGUACCCCGCCUCCAUCGUGGACGAGCCCACCUUCAAGGUGCUGCUGAAGACGGCCGACCCCAGGUACGAGCUGCCCAGCAGGAAGUUCGUGUGCAGCAAGGCCAUCCCCGAGAAGUACGGCGCCGUGCGCGAGGCCGUCCUCAAGGAGCUGGGCGACGCCUCCUGGUGCGGCAUCUCCACCGACAUGUGGAGGAGUGAGAACCAGAACCGGGCGUACGUGACGCUGGCCGCCCACUUCCUGGGCGGCGGGGCCCCCGGCUGCCUGUCCGUGGGCUCCCGCUGCCUGAAGACGUUCGAGGUCCCCGAGGACAACGCGGCCGAGUGCAUCACCCGGGUCCUGUACGAGGCCUUCAUCGAGUGGGGCAUCAGCAGCAAGGUGUUCGGGGCCACCACGGACGGCGGCAAGGACAUCGCCAAGGCGUGCUCCCUGCUGGACAUCUCGGUCCAGAUGCCCUGCCUGGGCCACACGUUCAACGCGGGCAUCCAGCGCGCCCUGCAGCUGCCCAAGCUGGCCGGGCUGCUCGGCCGCUGCUGCAAGCUGGUCGAGUACUUCCAGCAGUCCGCGGUGGCCAUGUGCAUGCUCUACGAGAAGCAGAAGCAGCAGAACGUGGCUCCCUGCAUGCUGGUCAGCAACCGCGUGUCCUGGUGGGGCAGCACGCUGGCCAUGCUCCAGCGCCUGAGGGAGCAGCACUUCGUCAUCGCCGGCGUGCUGGUAGAGGACAGCAACAACCACCACCUGAUGCUGGAGGCGGCCGAGUGGGCCACCAUCGAGGGCCUGGUGGACCUGCUACAGCCCUUCAAGCAGGUGGCCGAGAUGCUGUCCGCCUCCAAGCACCCCACCAUCAGCAUGGUGAAGCCCCUGCUGCACAUGCUGCUGAACACCACCCUCAACAUCAAGGAGACCGACUGCAAGGAGGUCAGCAUGGCCAAGGAGGUGAUCGCCAAGGAGCUGUCCAAGACCUACCAGGAGACGCCGGAGAUCGACAUGUUCCUCAACGUGGCCACCUUCCUGGACCCCCGCUACAAGCGUCUGCCCUUCCUGUCUGCCUUCGAGAGGCAGCAGGUGGAGAACAGGGUGGUGGAGGAGGCCAAGGGGCUUCUGGACAAGGUCAAGGAGGGCGGCUACCGGCCGGCAGAGGACAAGAUGUUCGCGCUGCCCGAGGAGCCCCCGGUCAAGAAGCUGGUGCUGGCGUCCACGCCGCCGCCCACGAGCGUCAUCAACAGCAUGCUGGCCGAGAUCUUCUGCCAGACAGGGGGCGCGGAGGACCAGGAAGAGUGGCACGCGCAGGUGGUCGAGGAGCUGAGCAACUUCAAGUCGCAGAAGGUGCUGGGUCUCAACGAGGACCCGCUCAAGUGGUGGUCCGACCGCCUGGCCCUGUUCCCCGUGCUGCCCAAGGUGCUGCAGAAAUAUUGGUGCGUGGCGGCUACCCGCGUCUUCCCGGAGCGGCUCUUCGGCUCGUCCGCCAACGUGGUCAGCGCCAAGAGGAACCGCCUGGCCCCCGCGCACGUGGACGAGCAGGUCUUCCUGUACGAGAAUGCGCGCAGCGGCGCGGAGGCCGAGCCCGAGGACGAGGACGAGGGCGAGUGGGGCCUGAACCAUGAGCACAUGUUCCCCCUGGGCGACGCCGUGCACGCCGGCUUCUUUGGCAUCAGGGACAGCGGCUUCGUGUAGAUGCCGCGGUGGGGGCGGGGGGGGGGGGGGGCGUCACCACGAAGCUGACCCUUGAUGUGUGGUCCGCUGUAAAUACCCACGGUGCGCACCUGCGCGCAUGCGCGUGCGCGGCCGGUGCCGUCACCAAGGCAGGCGCGGGACGCAAACGCGCGGCUGUGCGCAUCCAGGAGCAGCCGCUCCGCGCGUUUCCUGGGAGAGCCUCCGUGCGCCCCAGCGGAAGGGCACAAAUCAACUAGGAAACUUCUGGAAGCCCCUUUACCCACCCGCUGGCUGGAUGCUGAUUGCAACUCUAAAGCCCCAGAGAUCCCCAGCCAGGAGGGGGAGGGGGGAGGCUCCUUUCUCUUGCCACCCCCAAGGACGGAGUACUCCCGACCCAGAGGGUUUGGGAUAAUCCCCAGGCAUGGGGAAAAAGAAAAAAA